UUGUUCCAUUCUCCAGUCCGCCCAGAAGCCCGUGUUUCCAAAUAUUCAAGUCUAAGCGGGCUUUUGAAGCUGCGGACACCGCGGAUGCUGUGGUACAGGUUGAAGAACAGGGCUGCGUUCCGGGCUAAGACAAAACCGGAGGCGGGAGCUGGGGAUUGCCAACAUAUUUCUACUCCCUACACGGAUUUCCAGUCAACAGUUCCCAGGUUAAGAUGCUGCAGUCCAUCUCCUCGUCUAGGCUCGCCACGUUCUUCCUGACACAGAUAUAUCUGCGCGUCUACCCCAACACCCUUCUGUGGCCGCUCCUCUCUCGUGGCCUCGAACUCUCGAUUCCAAGUAGCUGCCCGCUCCCCCAAGGCCAGCACUCGCCGACUCCGACAUCCCCUCCAUCUGAGAGGAUGAACAUGACCCUCGACGUCGGCCUCGAACCCGACCCCAGAGACCUCAGCACCGCUCCCGCCCUCACCAGCAGCCCCGCAACAAACUCCAAAUUCACCCUGACCAUCGACUGCGACGGCCUCCUCAAACCCUCCCAGCUGGCCCCCAACACCUUCGUUACCAAGACCGCGGUCGAGGCCGCAGAAUACUACCAAUUGCCCUUCCUGCUCGCCAUACCCAUGCUGCAGGAGAUCAAAAUCAAAUGCUUCCCACACCUGCGGCUCCCUGGGCCACGUGCCCGAUGACACGUGCGUGACGCCGCUGUGGAUGGUCGGGGAGUGGUUCGUCGAAGAGUAUGGGAAACUCGGGAGGGACGCGAGAUACGCGUAUCACGUUAACGGUGGCGG